GACUUCUAAAGCAGCAUAUUAUAAUAAUUUAAGGCUAAAGCUGUUUCUCAAUAACAUCUUCACUUUCUAUGUUUACUAACCAACCUAGGGAGGAAGAAACCGAGAGCUAGAAAUUGAUCAACACAGUGACAUGGGAUUAAGCGCCGUGUGAGAAUUAGACUACGCAUUCAAGGAAAAAAGAAAGAAAAGAUGGCAUCAGUACCUGUGGUCCUGGCCUAUUUCUGCUCUUCUUUUCCACCAGUCAAGCUCGACUUAUUCACCUUUCUUCACUUGGUUACUAUUCUUCGGGCAUUCACUCUCCAAGAUUCUACGGCAAAGGAAUGGAAACCAGCAAGGAAGAAGGGAAACGGAUCCUCCAGGAACCUGAACUCGAUGAGGAAGGUGAAUGUGACGAAGAUACCGGAGAAGAUAACAAGAAAAAAGGAGCACUGACUCCCUCCAAAAGAAGAGUAUCUAGCGCAGGAGGAUCAACACAGCUUUCUUGUCAGGCAGAAGACUGCAAUGCUGAUAUGGCUGACGCCAAGCCUUACCAUCGUCGACAUAAAGUUUGCGAAUUUCAUGCAAAGGCUGCAGUGGUUCUUCUCUCCGGCUUGAGACAACGUUUCUGCCAGCAGUGUAGCAGGCCACGAGGAGAAUAUAUGAAGAAGGAUCUAGGUUUCACGAAUUAUCGGAGUUUGAUGAAGCUAAAAGAAGUUGUCGCAGGCGUUUGGCAGGACACAAUGAGCGGCGGCGCAAGAGUUCAUGUGAUUCUCACUGAUAAGAGAUGUAACAAAAUAAUGUGGCCUCUAGAAGAAGGCAAAUUCACUAAAUCCAGAUUAAUGAGGAUGCCAUAAAACCAGCCCUACUUCUAAGGAUUCAGUGUUCUCUCUAUCUUCUGUCAAUUGCUGGAUUUCUUUAAACAAAGAACCGGCUCAGUGUGUGUAUGAGUCAAAUAUUUUGUAACUGUUUCUUGUACUUCUGGUUCGCAGUGUAUGAUGUAUCAUGCCACCUAAGGGAGGUACCAAAAUAAUGCAAAACCUCCUUUGACUGGCUUUAUCUAUAA